AUGUAUUCUCUGAUACUCCGCAGAACAAGGCUGCAGAAAUGUAGACUCUCAGUAAAUUUUCCGAAAAAAGAAACUGUUUAUCUCACUUCCUUCUCCUCCGCUGCUCGCAAAGGUCACAACUUUACAGUCUCUUACCUCGUUGACUCACUGGGUCUAACCACAAAACUCGCUGAAUCAAUCUCAAAGAGAGUCAGCUUCACCAACAAGUGUAACCCAGAUUCAGUUCUGAAACUCUUUAGAACUCACGCCUUCACAGAUUCUCAAAUCUCCACCAUCGUUACAGAUUACCCACUACUCCUUACAUUAGAUGCUGACAAGUCUUUAGCUCCAAAGCUUCAGACUUUACAGUCCAGAGUGUCUUCAACCUCAGAGCUCACUGAAACCAUCUCAAAAGUUCCGAAGAUUUUGUCAAAGGACAGGUCUUUAAGUGUGUAUUAUGACUUCGUCAAAGAGGUUAUGGAAGCUGAUGAGAAGAGCUCUAAGUUUGAGCCGCAUAAGGGUAAACAGGAGAAUAAGAUUAGGAAUGUUUUGGCUUUGAGAGAUCUUGGUGUGCCUUUAAGGUUGUUGUUCCCUUUGCUUAUCUCUGACCUUCCACAUGUUUGUGGUAAAGAGAAGUUUGAAGAGUCUCUUAAGAAGGUUCUUGAGAUGGGUUUUGAUCCAACUACGCCUAAGUUUCUUGAAGCUUUAAGAGUAGUUAAAGGGUUGAACAAAGAAGCUAUGGAGGAGAAAGUUAAUGUUUAUAAGCGUUUAGGGUUUACUGUGGAUGAUAUAUGGGGAAUGUUCAAGAAGUUCCCUACUUUCUUGACACUCUCUGAGAAGAAGAUAACUUUAAACUUUGAAACCAUGAGGAAGUGUGGACUAUUGGAUGACGAGGUCCGUUUAGUGGUCAAGAAGUUUCCGCAGUGCAUUGGUGUUUCAGAGAAGAAUAUAUUGAACUCUGUUGAGACAUUCAUAGGGUUAGGUUUCAGUAGAGAUGAUGUGGCGAUGAUGGUCAAGCGUCUUCCUCCGUGUAUUGGGUAUUCUGUAGAGACGGUGAAGAAGAAGACUGAGUUUGUUGUGAAGAAGAUGAAUUGGCCAUUGAAGGCUGUGGCUUCGUAUCCUCAGGUGCUUGGAUACAGUAUGGAGAAGAGGAUGGUGCCAAGGUGUAAUGUGAUUAAAGCGUUAAUGUCUAAAGGGUUGAUCAGAAGUGAGCUUCCUCCAGUGUCGACUGUUUUGGUAUGUACAGAUGAGGAUUUCUUGAAAAGGUAUGUGAGGAAACAUGAGGAUGAUGAGAAGCUUGUGUCUGAGUUGAUGGGUAUAUUCACUGGAGAGGCAAUAACAAAAAGAUAGAUGAUUCUUAAACUUUCUGUAAGUUUUUUGCUUAAAUAAGAAUCUUAGAUAUUAGUUCUAAGUGAUGAUUCUUGGACCAAAUGGUUAGUUGUAAUGAGCAAGAGAUGAGUUUGGGUUGUGUUAUUUUAUUUGAAGAGAAUUCAUUGUAUUAAAUAAAAAUGUUACUUAAGAAAACAAAGAGAGGGUGAU